AUUAUAGAGGUAUGUAAUGAAUCAUCAGAACUUACCGUGGAUCGGCCAUGCCCCGUGGAUGCUUGCUAAUGAUAAUUGUUUUUUUAAGUACGUAUACGCCGUGUACACAGUUUGUUUAGUCCAAGGUUUUGUCUUUGAUAGGAACCAGCAAGAACUCCGAACCAGCUGGUGACCUGGGACCCAAGAGUAUCCCUGAAGUGAAUGAAUUGUCAGUGGUCAAGAUGUGCUGUCAGUGGUUGCGCAAGCUCGCUACUAAAGAAGGCUGGCUUCAACCGCGUGCCCCAGAUAUUGGAAUAUUUUUCUGGGUUAUGUACGUUAUAGGCAUUGGCUCAUACAUCGGCACGUUUGCAAUGAACAUCAACUCACUCGUCAACUAUGCUUCAAGUGAUGAGUGGUGGUAUUUCUCCAUUCUGCUCACGGCGGUGGUGCUCCCCCAAGUGCCCAUCAACCUGUUCUCGUUCUGGUGGUAUCGCAACGACAGCGGCGAAUGCUACGUCUCCUGGCCCAACACCGUAGGACACUGCCUUCUGUUAGCAGUGCCCAUUCGCAUGGGCGAAAUAGGAAAAAUAGCGUGCCGCACCCGCAGCAAAGAAAAGGGCGCCUCCUACUACCAUCGCUUUUUCCUGGCUCAGGCGGACCUGUCGUUUUUACGGCUGGUGGCAGUGUAUGCCGGCUCAGCCUCGCAGCUCGUCGUCAAGAUCUACAAGCUGCUGAGUAACUGGACCGGCGUGGAGAGCGCGCUCUUGGAGAUGGUGUUCGGUGCGCUGGUGUUGGUGUCGCUGGCGCUGAGCACCUUCUCGAUGGGCCAGCACUGCCGCAGUCACCGGCACGACAAGCAGGAGCUCUCCUAUGCCAGCACCGUUCUGCAGGUCCUCUACAGGAUCUGCUUCCUGGCGUCCAGAGUCUUCGCGCUGGCCUGUCUCUUCCAUCUCGGCAUAACGUACGGCAUCUGCGUCUGCGUCGGCGCUUUCAUAGUGUGUAUCAUCUGGUUCCACUUCAUGGAGACGGAAUUCACGGAGAACUGGAAACAGGAACGCUUCUACCACGCUUUGAUGGCGUACCUGCACAUCUUUGGGAUGUUCAACGUCAAGGAUGACCCCGCGAGAUAUCGGUACGCCUUCUACUAUUCCGUAAGCUUUUUCGUGGAGGCCCUCGUGUAUGCGGUGUACGCACUGGGCACGGGGCGCACGUUCGUGUGUCUGUUCCCGGGACUGUUCCUGGUCGGCCUCCUGUGCCACGGCCUCGAGCACGAGUGCUUCCACCCGGGCGGUCGGCUCUACAUGAAACGGGCGCCUGCGGAGUGGGAGAACGUCUGUGAGGAGUGCGCCGCAGAAGCAAGCGAUUCGGCGGCAAAAGAGAGAGCGGUUGCCGCCGAGGCGUUGUAGCGUUUGUGCUUUUCAACUGAGGUCUGAAUGGACUUCAGUCGCACUGUUCUGCCGAAAGUCCUCGUUUUCCGAGCGCGUGGUUUUACUAUACGAUACCUACGAAUUACGAUAUUGUUACUAGUUUGCUGUUUUUGCGACAUGUUGGGAAGCGCAUUUCAUUCACUGGCCAUUUUAUCCGUAUAUCAAUGUGAUAUCAGGUGCUAUCAAUAUCUCUGAUGGAAGGCCUGGGGUUCGCGUUUGUCUUACUCAAAACCCGAGCUUAUGUGUCGUGCCACCCACCCUGCUUAGUGACAUCCAUUUGUAAGGAAUGGACUGAGGGAACUGUGCUUUCGUGAUCGGUGCUCUUCCAGCGACAGGCGAUCGCUUAGGUUGAUCGCUGCAUACCUUUUCAUGAAGCUGAAGUGUUUCAUGAAAACCUGCCUCAGGCCCUGCUUGUUGUGUGUCUUUUCUUGCCUUGCAUCUAUGCCUUAGACGCCACAUUUGUGCUGCUGCUAUUGUAGCUAACGUGCCAGUGAUUCAAAGCUUCAAGGGCCAAAAAAAUUGUUGUUCAUGAAGUGGCACGUAUCUUUGAUCUCUACUUGUAAUUAAAGCUCUUCGAAUGUCGCUUUGGAAUCGUGUGCUUUGUAAAUGACCUUCAUCUUAAGAGUCAAAUAUUUUUAUAUGGCAUGUAGCAUUGCAUACACCAUGCCUACACAUGACGUAAAUGAUCGAACUGGCUGUUACCGACGACUUUUGGAACAUAAGUGUUCGCUGAAUCAUACCAAAUAUAUAUAUUGAUAUCUUA